AUGUGGGAGAGACUCCAUCGUGAGUACUUCCACAGAGUGAAGACUUUACGAACCACACUGAUCUGGUUGAGCACGACACGUAAUAAUGAUGAUCAAUACUGGGAACCGGCUUCCACAGAAUGGAAACUUUACUGUCAACUUGAACAGCGGAAAGAUCAGAUCGACAGAAGUGACGUCACCGACAGGAAAGCAAUUGGAUCAGGAGAAUUUGGCGUUGUAGAGAAAGCAGUGUGGAAAGUGCAUGAUGGAAGGAAGCUUGCAGUCGCGGUCAAGACUCUGGCAAAUGAAGCCAAUGCUGAUGACCGCGUCAAAUUUCUUCGUGAGGCAGCAAUUAAUGGUCAAUUUCUCCAUCAAAAUGUCGUUCGUCUCUAUGGCGUCGUCACCGUUGGAUCUCCGAUACUUUUGGUUUCGGAAUACAUGGAAAAUGGUGAUCUCAAGCACUACCUUGAAGAACAGAGACCAGAGCGUAGCGGACAGUGUUGCCUUUUGGACUUUAACAAAACCUUACUGAAAAUGUGUCGUGAUAUCGCAAGUGGAAUGGAAUAUUUUUCACGCAAGUAUUUUGUUCACAGAGAUUUGGCCGCAAGAAACAUUUUGGUGAACAAAGAGCUGACUUGCAAGAUUGCAGAUUUUGGCAUGGCACGUGACGUGUCUGACGACAGCUGCUACACGACAAAAGGCGGGAAAGUCCCAUUAAGAUGGUGUGCUCUUGAGGCUUUGAAUUAUAACCAAUAUUCGUCUGCCAGUGACGUGUGGAGCUAUGGAAUUGUCCUCUUUGAAGUGUGGACAUUGGCACUACGUCCUUACAAUCACAUGACAAACAACGAGGUGAUAAAUAGGGUUGAUCUUGGAUAUCGCCUUCCUCCUCCUCCAGGAUGCUCUCGUUCUCUUUAUCAUCUCAUGAUUGACUGUUGGCAUCCCUACUCCGAUGAAAGACCGAGUUUUGGAAACAUCGUGCAGAGGCUUCGAGUGUCUGACGAAUUUCUUUUGAAUAACAGAAAAGAAGAGGAAGGGAUUGAAGGUAAACUCGGAGACAAGCUGGACGUGUCAGAAAACUGCUACACAGACUUGCAACACAUCUAUACAAAAUAUUUAUUGUGAAACAUCGUAUAUAUUAUAAACUGGUACGCAAUGUGUAAAUGGAUCUUGUAAAAUUUUGCUAUUUUAUUCUAGCUAUCUGAGUGAUGGCCGCUAAAACUAGUUAUUGCACUAUUGGUAUUGUAUCUACAAUUGGACGUUGUCAAGUUCAAUAAAUUGUAUGUUUAGUUUGCUACAAUUAGCUUGAUGUUUACAAUCGCUAUAAGUUUUUGCAUUUUAUAACAAUCUUUUCGACAUCUCUAUUUAUUUUUA